UGCAGAAGCCAUGAAGGAGUGAUCCCCCACCCGUCUGCAUGCCAUGCUGUGUUUUGAGCCACUUGCAAUGGUUUUCACUGAAAGCUUCCAGAGACUUUAGCAGUCCAGACAAAAACAGUCAGAGAGAGCAAGAGUUAAACAAGUGCUUGUAGCAGUGGAUGGCUCAAAUUUCUAUGAGAGGAGGUUCUGGCACCAGCAGCUGAGUCACAUGCCAUUGGCCUUGACUCGGAGGUUGCAGCAGGUAGUAGGGACUGUGUUGCACACAUGAGGAAAUCACAUGCUGCUGAUUCCUCCAGGAGCGGUGAGCUCUGUUGGUAAAAGAAACAUCAACAGUGAGGAACCGUUCCAGGCUAAUUCUUUGGUUAUUAUUCAGGUCAUGGCAGAACAGGAGUUGCCAGGUCUUUUGAUUAUGGAUGUUGGAGGAACUCAUGGUGUGCAAGAAAGCCUUGUGGCGCUUCUGAAGAAACACUUCUGCGUUAUCACCAUGAAAGAACUUCUUGAAAACAAAAAAGAAAUGGGGAAAAAAAUCCAAUCCAUUUUUGUGUCGGAGUCCAGGCCAACUAUCGACCGGGAGCUUCUAGAAAGCCUGCCUAAUUUAAAGGUCAUUGGAAACUCUGGUGUUGGAGUGGAUCACUUAAACUUGAAAAUGAUUUCUAACUUUGGUGUAAAAGUGACUAAUACCCCACACGCUGUUGCUGACUCAACAGCAGACAUGGGAAUGGCCCUAAUGCUGGCGUCUGCAAGAAGACUUGUGGAAGGCUUCCAGAUAGCAGUUUCUCCAGACACGAACUAUUUUGCUGCUGACUGGCUGGGAGUUGAAGUUACCAGGGCGACUCUUGGGAUCAUUGGGAUGGGCAGAAUCGGGUAUAAAGUGGCUCAGAGAGCCAGAGCCUUUGAAAUGAAGAUCCUGUACCACAACAGGAACCGCAGGAGCAAGGAGGAAGAGCAGGCUGUUGGUGCUUGCUACAGUCAGAUGGAAGAUUUGCUGCAGCAAUCUGACUUUGUUAUGCUGGUUGUGAACCUGACACCUGAGACUGAAAAACUGAUUGGGAAAAAGGAGCUGGGACUGAUGAAACCCACAGCCACUCUUAUAAACAUCAGCCGAGGUGCAGUUAUUGAUCAAGACGCACUGGUGGAAGCUCUCCAGAAUAAGACUAUUAAGGCUGCUGCUCUGGAUGUGACAUACCCUGAGCCUCUGCCAAGAAAUCAUCCUUUGUUGAAAUUAAACAGCGCCAUCAUAACCCCACAUAUUGGAACUGCAACAGUUCCCCCGGGCGUCCUGGUGGACGACAGGUCGGCCGUGAGCCAGCAGUGUGCCCUUGUGGCCAAGAGGGCCAACGGCAUCCUGGGGUGCAUUAAAAAGAGCGUGGCCAGCAGGUCGAGGGAGGUGAUCCUCCCCCUCUACUCUGCCCUGGUGAGGCCUCAUCUGGAGCACUGCGUCCAGUUCUGGGCUCCCCAGUACAGAAAGGACAGGGAUCUCUUGGAAAGAGUCCAGCGGAGGGCCACAAAGAUGGUGAAGGGCCUGGAGCAUCUCCCUGUGGAGAAAGGCUGAGUGAGCUGGGUCUGUUCAGCCUUGAGAAAAGGAGACUGAGAGGGGACCUGAUCCAGGUCUAUCAGUAUCUGAGGUGUGGGGGGCAGAAUGGCGAGGCCGGACUCUUUUCAGUGGUGAGUGGAGACAGGACAAGGGGAAACGGCCGGAAACUGCAGCAUAGGAAGUUCUGCACCAAUGUGCACAAGAACUUCUUUACAGUGAGGUGACGGAGCGCUGGAACAGGCUGCCCAGGAAGGCUGUGGAUUCUCCUUCUCUGGAGAUGUUCAAGACCUGCCUGGAUGCCGACCUGUGCGACCUGCUGUAGGGAACCUGCUUUGGCAGGGGGUUGGACUCGAUGAUCUCUGGAGCUCCCUUCCAACCCCUACAAUUCUGUGAUGCUGUGAUUCUGUGUGAUUCACGCCACCCACGUGAUGACAGAAGCAGCAAUAGCAAACCUGUCAGAAGUCACGGAAGCGGGGCACGGGAUGGGUUUGGCUUGAUCUUGUAGAGCCGGGGUGGAAAAUCAGUGUCUAGCAAAUGGAAGUAAGGUCAGGUGACAGCAGUGAACUACAGACACGCUGUUCACCUCUGUAGGAGAAAUAUUCACGUGGGCAAAGCUCACCUGGAGUUGAAGGGGGCCCGUACUGUGGGAGACAGGUAUCAAAAAGUGCGUUUUAAAAUACGUCCGAUUUUUGUCUGAGUUACUGGAAAACACACGCAAGACGGGAAACAGCAGCCCAAAGAGGAUUGACAGGAUGCUGUCUCAGAACUGACUUAGAGCUGUUGAGCCGUUAAGCCUGGGCUCAGAAAGCCCCACUGGCUGAGCACGUCACCUUUUGAGCACAGGCAUUCCUGGCUUCAGCCGUGGAUCUGCCAGCAAUGGCAAGGGGCAGGAUGUGGAAGGGGCCGCCCUCAAGCCAGCCAAAGCAGCCGGGGGCAAAGCUGUCAGCGUGCAGAUUGCACAGCCACACUGGUGACACUAGAGAAGGCUCCCAGCUCCCAGCUCCCACUCCGAGAUGGAGCUCGGAGGGAGGAGGACCGGGCUUUCCUCCUCAUCUCCUCACGCAAGGUUUCUGCCUUGGAUUUCAGCACCCUCGCAGCACACUGUGGUGCCCGUGCAGCUCCGGGUAGCCC